AGAAAGUGAAACGUCCACAUUUUAUUACGGUGUUUUGCAGUAACUUGCUUAGGUGUUCUUCUAAAAUGGGAAAGAUUUACCAGAUCAUGGUGGUUGGAAUAAAGGGAGAGAAAAAAACAGUUGAUGUUGCCACAUCAGAGGAAGAAUUCAACAAAAUAACUAUUUUGGAAUUCAAAAAGAAGGUUGCAGAAAAAUUGCCGGGUCAAGCAGCCCUUCCUUUAUCUUACCACAGGGGAUGAUCCAUCGUCCCUGAGACUGCUGUACACAGAUAAACAACUAGAGGACAAUGAUACGUUUUUAGACCACCAAAUUAAAGAUCGCUCCACUCUCUUCAUGGUCUUACGUCUACCUGGAGGUUUCCAAACAUGCUAAGAAGUCCACCUCAAGUGCCUCGGCACUGAGUCAACUUUUAAGCAGACUCACAGAGACAUUUGUUGUUCACUAUGGGUAUAAUGAGUGUGUAAUCUGUACAGGCUAUUGUAAAUGGGGUUUGUCCGUCACCCACAUCGGGGAUAAUCGGAGAACAUUCUUUAAUCCUACCCAGUCUUGGGUAUUUUAUCAAUGAAGAAAAGUCUUUAAGAAUUACACCUAUGACUUGCGAUUUGACUUUUGAAUGACUUGACAUGUCUUUAUUCUUGUAAUGCACAAAUUAAUAGGCUAGACCAGGCCUAACUUCUUCAUAUAAAUGAUAUAAUAAAAUGUGAAUGCCAUAACAAAAUGACGAGUUUUGAAUAUUUGUUUUUCUUUAAGUCCACUUGAUAGUGUCCGUCAUCAUAAUAUCUAUUUCUACAAAAUCGAAAGUAAAACUAGGCUAUAACUUGACAAUUGCCUAGCGAAGUUCGACGUGCAUGUUUGAAGUUGACUCGGCAGUAGCUACAGCUUUCCAGAAGAAAAGAUGAGUUUCAAUAAGGUAAAUUCUGAGGCCAAUUAGGCCUAUUCGUUUGUUGCAUAUUCUUUUAUAGUUUAAUUCAUAUUUAGGUACUCUUUCACUUUUAGUUUUCUUUGAGAUAAAUAUCGUUAUAGACCUAAAUUAUAUUCAGGAUACAUUAGAAAGUUGAUUUAAUAGCCUAUAUGAAACAAAAUUUUUACGUUCCGUUUUCUCGAGGCUUAUUUGAGGGCACUUUGUGAAAUAGGCUACAUCUAGCGAACCUAAUGAAUUCUUUCAGGGAUUCAGGAACGAAGUCCAAUACAAUGGCCUGAAAAAUCAAGGUGCCACCUGCUACUUAAAUGCAGUAUUGCAGUGUCUAUUCAUGACUCCAGAAUUCAGAGAGGCAGUGGAGAGGUAAAAUGAAACGAAUUAAAGAAGUUAUUUACUAAUCACUAAUGAUACAAUUAUUUAAUGUUCUACUUUAUUACUUUUUUUUUUUUCUUUCUUUUUUUACGUUUUCCCCCAUUUAGUUAUGAAGCCCCUGGAGAUUGUGGUGAGGAAAAUCUCUUGCUACAACUUCAAAAGCUGUUUACACAGCUGUCAGAAAAGGCAGCCACAACUGGAGGAAUAACCAAGAGUCUUGGCAUUAGAAGUGUUUUUGAGCAACAAGAUGCAGUGGAGUACUACAGGAAGAUUUUAAAAGCAGUGGGCACACAUGCCUCUAAGGUAUGAAACAUUUAAAAGUCUGUUUCAAUGCGAGUGAGAAACAACUUAUUGUAAAUAAGUCUCUGUUAUCAUUGAUCAGUAACGGUCAUGCAAUAACAUUAAGAAUCAGCCUAUGACAGCACAGUGCAUUUCUUCAAGGUCUUUGAAGGGAAAAUGAACAAUAUAACAAAAUGUGGCAAAUGUGGCAAUGAAACCACAGAAACCAAUACCUUCAUCUCAAUGCUGCUGUCCAUCGAUGCUGGAAAUGAUAAGUAUGAUAUGGAAAAAAGCCUGAAGACCUUCUUUGAACAUUCAAAACUAGAAGAGGAUGACUGGAUGUAUUGUGAAAGAUGUGACAGCAAAACAGAAACAGAAACUUGGAGUGAAAUACAUGAAUAUCCCACUGUUCUUGCUCUGCAUCUGAAGAGGUUUGACUUUGAUUACAUACAGAUGAGAUACGAGAAGAAUGAAUGUCGUCUGGAUGUACCUCUAAGUCUUCCUAAAGAGGAUAAUAGGCCUAGAUAUGAUCUUUAUGCCGUUAUCAAUCAUAAGGGUGGAUACAGUGGUGGACACUACAAUACAAUCAUCAGAUCUUAUGAAAAUGAGAUAUGGUACCGUUUUGAUGACUGCAGUGUAACACAGACUUCAGAAGCAUCACUGGAAAACUCAAGCCUACCAUACAUGCUGAUGUACAGAAAAUCAGCAGCACUGAGCCCUGGCAGCAUUCCCCAUCCUAUGAGGAUCCUUCUAAUAGGGCCUUCCAGAGCUGGGAAAAGUACAAUAGGCAACAUGAUCCUUGGUGGGAAUUACUUUCUUUGCAAAAGUGGAUCGGAGACUGUGACGAAAACAUCCAUGGUGAAGACAGUGGGAAAGGUCACUGUAGUGGACACCCUAAAUCUCUUUUCCCUCAACAAAUCGAGUUGGGUCAAGGAAAUGCAGAAGUUCUCUGACCCUGGUCCUAGUGUGAUUCUCUGGGUAACACCGAUAUCUAAAUUCAGUGAGGAACAACAAGGUCUUUUCCACACCUUCAAAAAACGACUAGAUUCAAGAAUCACGAAACGUAUGAUGAUUAUUUUCACAAAGGGCAGACAGCUUAAAGAGUUUGUGCAACCCAUUGACAGAUUUAUUUCAGAUCACAGAAAGCUCUGUAAAGUGGUUCGUUGUUGUCAGAACAGGUACCAUGUCAUUGACAUCACUGGUGGUGAUGGUCACAAUUACACUUCAGAACUGCUUGAAAAACUCAGCGAGAUGGUGACAUCGAAGGAAGCUACUGCAAUUACUCGAAUGCAGUUAAAGUGUUUAAGAAGAAGUCGUCUUAAUAAGAAGACAAAAAAACAUCAAAGCAACAAAAAAUGAGUGAAAAAAAUUGGUGAAUAAGAAGAAAAUUAAAGCUAGAAAUGCGGUGAAUCAUUGAAUGUUUUAAUGUUGUUAGGUUAUCUGUUUUUAGCUGCUAUUUUUGGUGUUUUUGCAUAUUGAUAAAAUGUAAAUAAUUUCCAUGGUUUUUCUUGUACAUUGAAUUGAUAUAAAAAUUAAUGUAUCACAGUUCAUAACAAUAAAGUUGCAUUUGAAAAUAGCAAAUGAAGCAAAAUAAAUGUUAUGUUUUGACCACA